AUGGACACCGACAAUCCUACCGAUGUAGACUUUGACCCGAAUCAACAGGACGUUUUUGACUCAAAUCGACAAGAUGCAGAAGCAGCUCUGGAAGCAUUGAGAGCAGCGAUCUCUCAACCUGAUCAUGUGUUUGCUCAAUCGUCGACAGUCGAUCCACCACAACCCAUUGCGCCGACUUUAUCGUCCAUAGACUCGACAGAUCAACGUCAAGAUGUCGACAAGGCUUUGGUGACUAUUCUUCAGUUGAAUAAUGCUUCGCAGGCUGUCUUGGACUCCAUGGAUAGAGACUAUAAGGAUCUGCAGCUCUUAGCCAAUGUCAAAACUUUGAAGGAUUACAGUCGAAAGAUUGCUGAAACGGUCAAAAACUUACAACAGUCAUUCCCGCAAGUCAUAGACCCCACGCUAUAUGAUGAUACUGUUUCCCGAGCCGAACAUGAUGCCCUGCGGCCUCAAUAUGAUGCUCUCGUUGCUGGUAAACCUGGUCCCAGCAGGCAUCGUCCGAAAAGACCAGCUGCGGUUCUGGAGGUAGACGAAGGGACUGCUUCUCCGGGUGCUACCAGUCCAGUGGCGCGAGACUCGGUGGACAAGGCGACGAUCCGAAAGCAGAGAAGCGUCAAGCUAGAGCACCUCGUGCACAAAAUGGCCAAUCGUCGAUUAGGAGUACAAUACGCGAUUCAAGGAUUUGAAGUCCGCGGUAGCAGAGAGCUACCUGAACCAGGGACCUCAGCUCCAUCACCUACCGAAUCAGCCAAUGGAGUUCAGGAAUUCCGACCGUAUUUCAGAGGAGAGAUUACUUCGCCGGAAGCUAAACCAUUUAUCGAUCAAGUCGUCGAUGACUGCCUCGAAGCUUGGGAGCGAGACGACGGUCUGGGUGCAGGCGAAAGCAUCGUAAUGAAUCGUGAAAAGAUGGAAGAGGCAGUGGCGACGUACUGGAUCCGAUUGUGCAAACGAUGGGAAGAGCAGCAAGCUCGGAUACGAGGAGAACUACACCGCGAUGAGAUUACUCGGAAAAAGCAAAAUCAGUAUAGACGUCAACAAUCACAUCUCGCGCGUCGACUGGCAUCCUUUGAUCAAUCUCCACUGAACCUGUGCAAAUUAAGAGCUCUGUAUCGCUCCCUUCUUACUAUUGAUUUCGUCCCUCCGACCCAGGAUCGACCGGAUCCCAAAAGAGCUUAUACCGAAAAGGAAUGGCUGGCAUACCAGAAGCUAGCGAACAAUGGUCGAGCACCGAUGGCACACGAGGUAGUGGAUAUUUGGUGGCUAUCGCCGAAUGUUCGCGUCCUCCUCACCAUUCUCGACACGUUCGCGCAGGAUCAAGCUACUCGAAUCAAGCGUAAAGGCAAGCCAAAGCAGCCUGCAGCGACUUUCCACCUACCUCCAGAGCUCUGGGAUCGGUCCACUCUGCCGAUUCUCCGACCCAAAGAUGCGAAUGGACUUCCAGUUGACAAGGGCGGCAUCAUCCUGUUCCGCUUCCACGUCAGUGAACAAGUUCAGCUUGAGAAUGCGGAAUGGGCUAAAGGACUAUACGAUGAUCCUCCUCUCGGCGAUACAGAGGCAGUCUUACCGAUGCUCGAUCAGAUCGUAAAUACUGGGCCGUACUUGCACAUCAAGCUCAAGGUCAAGCGAGCGAUGGAAGUUGCAGCAGUGAAGCUGUUGCCAGAAGGAGAGAUCGAUGAUGUCCUCGCUCGACCAGUCCCACCAGAGGAACCGUUGGCGAUCCCUGAUCCAGAUGCGGCAGCUCGAGACUUGACAGCCGCAGAAGAAUUCAUGUCUCAGAACCUUGAAGCUUUCGAAGCAUUGGCCAAUAACCCUCUUGCUUUCCCUGAAGGAUUAAUGGGAACUUUUGGAGCACUCGCUACUGGCCCAAGCCCCGGAAGCAGUAUCCGAGCUAGAAAGCAGAACAAAAGACAAGCUAGAGAGCUGCCGGGUGGCUCAGCCAUGCCGGUCGCGAAGAAACGAUGGAAUGGUGAUGCUGCGGGACCGGAUGCAGAAGACGAUCAAACUAUCGACGUCAAAGCCGACUUGGAGCGCGAUGGAGAGUUUCUGCAGACAUUGAAUUAG